AUGUCGAAAAUUUUCGAUAAUUUAUUAUCAACUAAAUCUUUACAUUCAAAAGAUCCUAUUGAUCAAUAUAUUUUCAAUCAUUCACUUCGUUAUACAUCUGAACAACUUGAACUUUUAGAAGAUAUUAAAAAUUUACCAGAAAAAAUUCAACCAUGGUUAGGAUCAACAGAUGAAGCACAAUUUUUUCAAAUACUUAUUCGACUUAUGAAUAGCAAACGAGCAAUUGAAAUUGGUACAUUUACUGGUUAUACAUCCUUAACUAUUGCUUUAGCACUUCCAUCUGAUGGUGAAUUAAUAACAUGUGAUAUAACAGAUGAAUAUGUUCGUCAAGAUAUAUGGAUAAAAGCUGGUGUACGAAAUAAAAUUAAUUUACAAAUUCGUCCAGCAUUAGAAACUUUACAUAAUUUACUUGAAAAAUAUGGUGAAAAUUCAUUUGAUUUUAUAUUUAUUGAUGGUGAUAAAAAAAAUUAUCUUCAAUAUUAUGAAUUAUCACUUCAAUUAAUACAUUCAAAUGGUUUAAUUGUAAUUGAUAAUACUUUAUGGAAUGGACGUGUAUUAAAUAAAAAUGAUACAUCAAUUGAAACUAUAACAAUACGUCAAAUAAAUGAACUAAUUAAAAAUGAUAAUCGUGUUGAUAUAAGUUUUUUAAGAUUAGCUGCAUUUAACCGUGCAAAAGAACUAGUUAGUAAUUUGAAUAUAUUACCUUCAUUAAAGGAAUGUAAUGCUUGUGAACGUAAUGGUUUAAGUAAAAAUAUAUCUGAUAGUAUUAGAUUCAACAUUAAUUCGGAUAAUUAUUUAGCAACGGAUUCAGGUUCUUCAUCAGAUUCUGAAUCUGAUUAUGAUGAUGAAGCAAUGGAAAGUAAUGAAUUUGAUAGUGAUCUAAUCAAUGUGGAUGAAGAAGAUAAAGAUGCGGCAAUGACACAAAACUUUGAUGAAAUUAAAACUGAGAAAAUAAAUUUUACUGGUAUACGUAUAUUCGAUUCGAUUAAUCCAGGAAUGAAAAACUCCUAUUUUCAAGUGCAAAUAAAUAACAAGACUAAAUUUAUACACAAGCAAACGGCUUGUUGGUUAUUGACCGACAAAGUUAGCCGUUUAUCGGCUGAUAGAUUAUCACGAGUGAUAGAAACAAACAAAAAGGAUUGA